CCUUAUACCGAGAUUGUUCUGUUUAUCGUCACAGUGAAGUGUGAACUUGGGCCAGGAAAGGUCACGUCACAAAUGUCAGCGGAGAAGAUGGAGAAGACAGAGAAUGUGGCCAAUGGAGCAGGGCCAUAUGAGGAAAAAGAAAGUGCACUCAGUCCUGAAGACCUGUCCGAGAUGCUGGCAGCAGGGACCAAGGAGGUUCAUGAAAAAGCUGAGAACACGCAAUUUGUGAAGGAUUUCCUCAGGGGACGUAUCCGCAAAGAGCUCUUUAAGCUUGGCGCUGUGGCACUUUACUACACGUAUGCUGCCAUGGAGGAGGAGAUCGAAACGAACAAGGACCACCCACACUUUGCCCCUCUGUAUUUUCCUGUUGAGUUGCACCGCCAUGAAGCUCUUGCUCGUGACCUCGAAUACUUCUAUGGGCCAGAUUGGAAGAGCCAAGUUAGAUGCUCUGAAGCCACCCAACGUUAUGUGGAUCGUAUCCACCAGGUGGGACAGGAGGACCCAGUGUUGCUCGUGGCUCACGCCUACACCCGCUAUAUGGGGGACUUGUCGGGGGGCCAGGUGCUGAAGAAGGUGGCACAGAGAGCUUUAAAAUUGCCACCCACAGGAGAAGGCCUGGAGUUCUAUCAGUUUGAUGGCAUCCAUAGUGCCAAAGCAUUCAAGCAAUUGUAUCGAAGUCGGAUGAAUGAGUUGGAUCUGGACGUGGAGACUAAGGGAAAACUGGUGGAAGAGGCUGUCAAAGCCUUUCAGUUCAAUAUGGAGGUUUUUGAGGAGUUAGAAGAGAUUGGGAAAACAUUCCAGGAAGAUGUUUUAGAUGCUGGCAUGGCUGUUCAUGGAGCAACGGGUGGAGACAUCAGCAAAUGCCCCUACUAUGCUGCACAAAUGGCUGCAUCAGGUGGAACAGCAUACGUCUGUCAGCUGGCAAUGGCUGUUCUCAGACACCCAACCGGACAGGUCCUGUUUGCCUCGUGGGUGGCCGCCUUGGCUGGAUUAGCUGCAUGGUAUCUGAUGUAAGCUUGAUAACCAGCUGCUGUGAGUUAAAAACAUGUUGAGGAAAGGGCACUAGGAGGACUAGGACAUUUCCAUAAACCCGUGAUCAUUUCAUGCAACCAUAAAGAUAACAUUUUGAUGUUCAGUUUCUAGGCAUCAAAUCUGAACUAAAUAUACCACAGGGCCAUUAGCAUGUAAGUUCCAUCCAUAAAGCACAAUGUUUAGCUAUUUCUCUUAUAUGUUUUAUUUUUCUACCUCCAUUCCAAUAUCCUUCCAACCACUGUCCUUCCAGUGUGUUUGGUCAUGACUCAGACUUGCUGCAGAUUGUCUGACUAUAGCAGAUGUGUCACAGUAACUACUUUUCUGGAUGAUAUACCGUCCUAGAUUGUGAUUCAAAUACUAUAUGGCAUUUUAAGGUAAUUUUAUAUCACAGAUAUAAUGUUGAAGAAGCACUAUUAUAAAGCUCUUUUUUUAAGAGCUGUUACAUUUUUAAUUACGGUAUUAAGGAAAUUCAGAUAAAUAGGACCAUUUAAUUAAAAUAUUGUAAACGAAACAUAAGAAAAGACAAACCCCCAGUUAAAGCAAUAUAUAAAAUACACUGGGGUUUUGUGAGGAAAAAAAUGCACUUAGAUCUAUAUAAAAAUUUGUCAUUGGAGUUUGUAAGUAAUGAAUUCUUUGAAAGGCUCCUGGUUUAAUUCCUCUAUGAUGUUGAUGGGAGUUUUUGUUUUUGAGUUUUUGCCAGAUAUUCAGCAACGUUGACAUUCCAGCUCAUUUGUGUAACUGUGCUUUAAUCUAUCACUGAAUUUAAACAUGAUUUCUUCUGGCAUCUCAGUGGAGCUUUGAAACUAAGUUUAUUGGAUUAAUUUUUCCAAAUAUUCUAGCUGGAAGACUGGCCUCAAAUAGCACAGUAUCCUCAUUUGCUCAACAUGUUUGUGCAGGGGUGAAAAGGUAAACAUGAUAUACGUCAUGCCCAUUUACAAUAUUAUCGGAUAAAUUGAUUAUUGCGGCAGACCUAGAUAGAAGUGGUACCCCCACUUCCAAGCAUGAUUCAUGCAUGGAAGGGUUUUUGCAAACGAUUGCUGUUUAUCUUUAAUCAGGUUUGAUGUGGAUAUGUAUUGUUUUACCUUAUACUGUAAUGUAAAACCUGUUGGAUUUAUUAUUUAGCCUAAUGUUUCCUAGAAGUUUUGUUAAAGUAUACUCAGACAGGUGAUAUGAAGCAAUUCUUUUUUUUUUUUUUUUGACAAGUAGUUGAUCAAUAAACAAUUUUCAGAUGCUCGUGAUUAUACAGAUAUUAUGAUCUGUCCUUGAUGCAUGUUCACUAGGGUUUAUUCCUCAGUUUUUAAUUAUGAGUUUUUUUCUUAACUACCUAUGAUUGCACAGCAUAACCUAAUAUGCCUCGAUGCAACAUAUAUCUUUACACUCCACAUCAAGAUUUUCAGGACACACACUUAUAAAUCAAAAUAAAAUAGAUUAACAAUAAGGUCACUAAGUUACACUUAGAGCAAAAUGUUAUUAAACAACGAUUUAGGUUGUAAUGGGAUAAUUGGCAUUUAUGAACCUCUCAUUUUUUAUUUCAGGUUAAUCUACCCCAAGGAGCCUAUAUUAGGACCUACAGUAAAUGUUAAAUUAGUUGAGUGAAACGGUUCUUUUUCUUUUUUGUAGUAAUUAUGCUUUGAGUACUUUCUUGAAAUUGUAACUCAUAUGCAUGAUGGGUAACAGUUGGGUGGGGUACUGGUUUAUUGUUCAUUAAUAUACAGUAUAAUCUUUCAAGCAGCUCAGCUCUCGUUUUCCAUCCACUGGUUGUUCUUCACAUUAUUUUUAACCUCUAAUCACUAACCAUUAUUGUGUCUGGUAAAAAAUCCCAUUAAUACUCCUGAUUUUUCAUCGUAGAUUAGGAGAAAUGUUUUAUAAUGUGUGAACUUCAUGCAGUGUUCAAUGGUUAAAGUUUAGUAUUUGCUUUGACACAGUGAGAUUUUUUGAAUUUUGCAUCAUUUUAACACGGAACCAAAAGAAACUUGCUCUUGUCUGCAUUGCUGCCUGUUGCAUGUGCUUUGUAAGGUGCAUUUCUUCUGCAUUAGGUAACAGCAGUGGUGUAACUGUUUAUUAUCAGACAUGGCAAAGCAAGUGAUUUAUAUUUGAGUCUCAGGUUCAGUAUUAUCAACUACAUGUGGUGGACUUGUACAUACUGCCUAAUGUACUUGUGCAGUUCUAUGUAUAUUUAAGGGUUUCUUGUAUCUCAGGAGUACAGGUCCUUACGGCCAUAAAUUGAACCUUUUCAAGUAAUGUGUGCUGAAUUUUAAUUUUAAUGCAGUUUUAUUAGCUCUAUGUCUAAAGCUUUAUUAGUGACUGGCUAGAGGCCUCUAUUGUACAAGGUUGAACAUUUUGGAUUGUUGUGCUGUCAAUAAUGAAAUAAACAGUUUUCCUCUAAAUAC